UAUGUUAAAGGUAAUUGGCUUUUUAUUAUUAAUUCAUUCUGCCAUCUCAUUAAUUAGAUAUAGAAAACAUUUAAUCUAUAAGGACAUGGCAGAUUAAUAUCAUAUACCUCUAGAUGUAUUACUAUUUAUAAAUUUGAUAGAUCUUAAUGGAAAUAAUUGUUGGAUUUGCUUUGAACAUGUUUUUCGGAGUUAUUUUGGAUAAGAAAUUUGCUAACAUUCAUCAAUUUCCUCAUAAGAAAACGUAAACUUUAAAUUUACUAUCAUAGAUAUGAUUAAGCAUUCUAAAGACCUAAUUUUAGAUAACCUAGUGGUCGAGGAGGAGUGUUAUAAUCUGUAGUAAGAGAUAAAAUUGGUAAUUUUGAUAUAAAAAAAUGAU